AUGUAUAAUCCUGCAAGUCCAACAGGAUCUUCCGAGGUUAAUUUGUCAAUUGUUCAGGAGAGUAAAGGUCACCACCUCCACUACCAACACCCGCCUGUAGAAGCGAACUCCUUUUCGUUCGAUAAUAACGAUGACUUGUUGGAAGACGAGCAGGAUAGAGCUUUUAAUCUUCCGCGAGGUCAUGUUCCACAAGCGUAUCUUGAUUUUUCCAAUACGGAUGUGGCAAGCAUGGAUCAACAUCUUCCAUCGAGCAAUAUAGGGUAUAAGCUUCUUAUGAAGAUGGGGUGGCAGGCUGGUCAGGGAUUGGGAAAGUCUCAGCAAGGUCGGAAAGAUCCGAUAAGAAUAGAAACGAAAUCUGACAGUUUGGGUGUCGGCAAGCAAGAAGAAGAAGAUUAUUAUCAUGUGACUACUACUGCUAAGCGCAAAGCUUUAGAUAGCGAGAAGAUUGCCGAAGAAACCGAGGCGGAACGUCGGAAGCGAGAGAGCAAAGUCAUGAAGCAGGAAUCGAUUAAAAAAGAGUUAGAAACUAUCAAUUCUGCAUUCUACUGCUCCCUGUGCGAUAAACAAUAUACGAAGAUAUCCGAAUAUGAGACACACUUAAGCUCAUACGAUCAUAAUCAUCGAAAGCGUUUCAAAGAUAUGAAAGAUCUGAGUCGUUCCAGUAAAAUGGAUAAGAAACGUGAGAAGGAACGGAAACGAGAAGAAAAAGAGCUGGCCAGAAUUCAACAAGCAGCUUUACAAAAGGCAGGAAACAAACAAGCAGCAAGUAGUAGCAGUAAUAGUGGAUCAAAAACCACAGAGAUGACAGGUUCCAAAGUCGAUUCUGCGUCAAGUAAUAAUAUCGGAAAAUCUGCUGAUGAUGGCAAAUGGAGCUCUUCGUUUAAAGCUACAAGCUGGACAACUGUUUCAUCUGUUGUGCCUUCUGUAUCGGAAGUUAAAAAUGACGAAAAGGGUUCAGAUGAUGGUGGCUGGACCACUGUUGGUGGAGUUAACAAUGGCUGGGCUACUUCACGGAUAACCGAUGGAAAUAGUUCAAGUAUUACUUUCAACUCGGUUAAUGGAAAUGGUGGCUGGAAAUCAGAAUCUUCGUCAAAAUUCAUAACAUUUAAUAAAAGUAAAGGAGAUGCUUCGAGCUCGAUUAAUGGAAAAAAUAGUACACAAAGCUCGGGCGGGUGGUUGUCUGUACCGACAUCUAAUUUUGUUCAAGUAGAAACACAUCUUUUAAACAACAAAAAGUUCAAAGAACGGGAGACUCUAAGAAUUCGGUAG